UCGUGCAUUAAAGGAGAAAACAGAAGAUGAUUAACAAAAACAAACUAAAUAAAAGAGAUUUGUUCAAUUGUUUCAUGUAAAUGUGUAAAAUACCAAUAUUUACUGCUUCAACUUAUUGAAGGAACUCAAGUGAUGUUCGAGACGUGUUUUAGAGUUUGACAGUGAUUCUGAAGACGUGCGCAGAUGGAAAAACUGGAUAUUCCAUCAACGAGAGUUGAGCAUCCGCUCUGUGGAAUAAAACGCCAACAGCACACUCAAUCUGUUUUAUCAAUACAUCAGAUAUCACGGAUCUGAUCAAUAGUUGACGCCGAAAGUCAAUAAACAGUUUGAAGAAAUAAGAGAGCAAGAUCAUGUCUGACGAGCUGCCAUUGUCGGUCGAGGGCCUCAACGCUGCUGACCAGCAGGAGAUUGUGAAGUUUGUGAACGCGGAGCAGGCGCGGGCGAAGAUGAACUCAUCUGUGCAAGAGUUUACAGAGAUGUGCUUCAGCAAGUGCGUGAAGAGCGCACCGACGUCGGAUUCGUUGACUGCUGCGGAAUCUACGUGUGAGUGAUGUGUUCUUUGUCUAAUGAUUCUGUCUGUUGAGAAUGGAGUGGAGGGCUGACUGGUGUUUGUCUAGGCUUGGUAUGAAUGCUGCUGCUGCCGCGAAGGCAUAACGGCCUAGACCAGACAGCUUCUUUAGCUGAAGAGUGAAGAGAAGAAGCUAACGAGUAAACACAGGCCAACUGCGCGAACCGGUUCGUGGACACAAAUAUCUACAUCUUCAGCAUGUGAGUUGCUUCCUGCAUUCUGCUCCAAACAAAUGCCUCUUUUAGCUGCCGUUUCUGUUUUAGUAGAAAGAGAAAAGGUUCCGGGAGGAGGCUGGUUUGUGGCAAAACCGCCCUUUUUGGCGCUUUGCUCUCAGGCACAACUGACGCGUUCU